AUUAUCCACUCUGCUCCCAGCUCAGAAUGGCCAGAUUCACUCAGACUGAAACAAGAAGGCAGCACCAUCCACAGCAGCCCCAGCCCGCUCACUCCAGCCUGGUUUUCACCGGACCGGGGGCACCACCGACCCAACAACCACUACUACUUAUCCCACAUCAGCACCAGUACCCUCAGAUCACAUUUCCGAAACCCAUGAACGGGUCAGAACCCAUUUCAAUUCAUCCGGAGAGCGGCAACAUGAAAGACCAAGAUGCCAUUAAGCUGUUUAUCGGGCAGAUACCGCGGAACUUGGAAGAAAAAGACCUGAAACCCCUGUUUGAACAGUUUGGGAAAAUCCACGAACUGACAGUUCUCAAGGACCGAUACACCGGCAUGCACAAAGGUUGCGCAUUCCUCACCUACUGUGCCCGAGAGUCGGCCAUCAAAGCCCAGAAUGCCCUCCAUGAACAGAAAACACUGCCAGGGAUGACUCGCCCCAUCCAGGUGAAACCGGCUGACAGCGAGAGCCGUGGAGAAGACAGGAAGUUGUUUGUCGGGAUGCUGAACAAACAACAGACCGAGGAGGAUGUUUACCGCCUCUUCGAACCCUACGGAGUCAUCGAGGAGUGCACGGUCCUAAGAGGUCCUGACGGAAACAGCAAAGGUUGCGCCUUCGUCAAGUUCUCCACACAUACUGAGGCUCAGUCUGCAAUCAGUGCCCUCCACGGCAGUCAGACCAUGCCAGGUGCUUCCUCCAGCUUGGUGGUCAAGUUUGCCGACACAGACAAGGAGCGCACCAUCAGACGUAUGCAGCAGAUGGUUGGGCAGUUUGGCAUCUUCAACCCAGCCAUCGCCCUUCCCUUCAGCACCUACAGCUCUUACGCACAUGCGCAGCAGGCAGCCAUUAUGGCAGCAAGCCACGGAGGUUACCUCACGCCUAGCGUGGCUUUCCCCACCACACAGAUCCACCAGAUGGGGGCGCUCAACAUCAACAGCCUCCCACCCACCCCCAUGACCCCGGUGUCGGGUGAGUUUCAUCAAACCCUGGGCCUCAGUUCUCCACCAGCCAACAUCACCACCUCCGCCGUGCCCAGCAUCGUCACGCCCAUCGUCAACGGAUUCACCGGCAUCCCUCACCAGCCCAACGGACACCCAGCCGUGGAGACUGUGUACACCAAUGGCCUGCCUCCCUACUCCACCCAGAGCCCCACUGCUGCUGACACCCUCCAGCAAGCCUUCACCGGAGUACAGCAAUACACAGCGAUCUACCCAGCCACCACACUGACUCCCAUUGGCCAGACACUGCCCCAACCACCCCAGGUCAUCCAGCAGCAGCAGCAGAGAGAAGGUCCAGAGGGUUGUAACCUGUUCAUCUACCACCUGCCACAGGAGUUUGGAGACAACGAACUCAUGCAGAUGUUUUUGCCCUUCGGCACUGUCAUCUCUUCUAAGGUCUUCAUGGACCGGGCAACCAACCAGAGCAAGUGCUUCGGUUUCGUGAGCUUCGACAACCCUGCUAGUGCACAGGCAGCUAUUCAAGCCAUGAAUGGCUUUCAGAUUGGGAUGAAGAGGUUGAAAGUCCAGCUAAAGAGACCGAAGGAUGCCAGCCGCCCUUACUGACACAGCCUACCCUCAGUAUUCAUUGCAGCAGCACAGGUUUUAGAGGACACAUGAAGAUAUCUCGGAGGAGUCAAACUUUUUUUCUUUGAAAGCAAAAUAUGUUUUAAAAAAAAUCAACACAUAAGGAAUUUUUGAAGACAUAUCAGCAUUUACUUAUGAAGAUAUAGGUUACAGCAGAAAAAGAAGAUGCGAAAGAGGAGGAGGCGCUUCACCGAGGGACUUAACAGUAACAGAUGGCACAGUGCAAGAAAGACAAAAAGAAAAAAAAAACUGAAAAAAGAUGUGAUGAGACUGAACAACAGAACUUUUUCUUGUUGAGACUUGAAUUGUUAAUUAAGCAACAAACUAACAAACAAAAAAGCAGCAACAACAAAUAGAUUUCUAUAUACAUAUUAUAUACACAUAUAUAUAAGGAAAGAGGCGCUUGUGGCUUUUACUGUACUGGACAAAUGAGGGUUAAAACUUGAAGAUCAAGAAAAACAGUGGAAAAAGAGAAGCUAUUCUAUACGUCCACUGACAGACUUUCUUUCUCUUUCCCUCUUUCUCUUAUUCUCUCACCGUCUCUCUC